AUGGUCAGUGUUUUGGACUCAGGCAUUUUUAAUGAGUGCAUUUCAGCUCUUUUUCAAGAGAUCAAAAAUCGACAACAAGCAUUUAUGAAAGCCUUUAACGCUGGGGAUGCGAAAGGAGCUGCGGCCGUUUACGAUCCGGACGGCUACUUCAUGCCUAACGGACGCCAUCCAGUCAAAGGGCGCAUUGGGAUUGAAGCAUACUUCAAGGAGGACAUGGUAGAUGGCGUCCAAACAGCCCAGAUAAUCACUGAGGAAGUUAAUGGGAGCGGAGAAUGGGCUUUCGAGAGGGGAAGCUACCAUCUGGACGGAACUCGAGGCAGAGAAAGUGGGGCCUACCUACAAAUUUGGAAAAAGGUUGAUGGUGAAUGGCUAGUUCACAAUGACUGCUUCAACGUAAUCAAGGCGGCCGAGAAGUAA